AUGUCUCUUGAGCUUGCAAGGAAGCUUCCGAACGCGAAAUUCAUUGUGCAGGACAUCGACCACGUACUCCAACAAGCACCAGCCGUGUGGUCACAAGAAUUACCAGAAGCUGUCCAGAUGGGACACGUCCAGUUCAUGCCCCACGACUUCUUUACUGCCCAGCCCGUCAGGGGAGCAGAGGCGUACCUCUUGCGGUACAUCUUACAUAUCUGGUCAGAUGAGAACUGCGUCACCAUCCUGAAGCACCUCAAGGACGCCAUGGGCCCCACAUCGCGGAUCCUGAUCGCAGACCAUGUCCUACAUUCGACAGCAGAAUCGGGACAACUCAAGUCGGCUCCGGCGCCUCUCCCUGUGAAUUACGGCGUCGCCCACAUAUAUAACAACAUGCACGACCUCAAUAUUAUGUCGGUUAUGAAUGGAAUGGAGCGUACACCUGACUAG